AUGUUGGCCGUGGCACUAAAACCCCAAGGCGGUUACGUUUCGUCUUCACGUCAUCAGCAGCUCGCUUUGAUUUCCAUGGAAUCUCAGUUGUUUUCUCGGAAAACUCCCAAGAUAAGGCACAAAUGCGUUGCGUGCUACAAGAUGUUCAAUAGACGCCAACACCUCGUUGAGCACAUGAAGAUUUCGCACCAUUCAGCUCAUCAGCCUCGCUGUGGGGUUUGCCUGAAGCACUGUAAAUCGUUCGAGUCUGUUCGGGAACACCUCAACGUUCCGGACCAUCUAUUCAAAGGAGACUGCAAAGCCAUCUUCUCUAAACGAGGCUGUACUCUCUGCCUUCAAAUCUUUGAGGAAGCCACUGCUCUUGCUGAGCAUAAAAUCAAGUGUCACCUCUCUCCACCUCCUGCUCUUGGAACAGCUAGCCAAGGGAAUGCUUAUGGUGUAAACACAAGUGGCACACGUCUCAAGGCAGUGGCCAUUGACUGUGAAAUGGUUGGUGGUGGUGAUGACGGGUCAAUUGAUCUGUGCGCAUCCAUUUGCCUUGUUGACGAGGACGAGAAGGUGAUCCUCUCCACUCACGUCCAACCACAGCUCCCUGUCACCGAUUACAGACACGAGUUAACUGGAUUGACCCAAGAAGAUUUGAAGGAUGGUAUGCCACUUGAGCAUGUCCGAGCAAAAGUUUUAGCAGUCUUGUGCGCUGGACAUAAUGAUGGCACUGGGAGGCUUCUUCUUGUUGGCCAUGACCUUAGGCAUGAUUUGGAUUGCUUGAAACUCCAAUAUCCUUGCCAUUUGUUGAGAGACACAGCAAAAUACGUGCCACUGAUGAAGACAAACCUCGUGAGCCAAUCGCUGAGGUACCUCACAAGGUCAUAUCUCGGAUACAAGAUCCAAUGCGGGAAGCACGAGCCGUACGAGGACUGUGUAUCUGCGAUGAGGCUGUACAAGAGAAUGCGGGAUCAAGAGCAUGGAAAGGCAGAAGGGAAUGGUCUGCUUUCGCGGAAACAGAGCGAGCUAGAGAAGAUGAAUCCAGAAGAGCUCUACCACAACUCCAAAUCAGAGUACGAUUGCUGCAACAACAACAAUGCGAGACGACCCCCGCCUCCCAAGACGACGUCCAUGGCCGUGGUGGUUCCGCUGGACUCCCAACAGAGUCUGUGGGACUCGGUUUCGUCGCUGAUUAGGUCGGCCCAGGAUAAGAACGUUGAUCCGCUUCACUGGGCUCUUGAGCUUCGCUCGACCCUCUCCUCUGCUGGAAUCUUUCUUCCCUCACCGGACCUCGCUCACUUCCUCGUCUCCCACAUCUUCUGGGAAAACCACACUCCUUUUUCCUGGAAGCUUCUCGAAAAAUCUAUAGCCGUCGAUAUCGUCCCGCCCCUACUUGUCCUCGCCCUUCUCUCCCACAGGGUAAUCCCGAACAGAAAGCAUCAUCCCGCUGCCUAUAGGCUCUAUAUGGAACUCCUCAAGAGACAUGCAUUCUCGCUCAUGCCUCAAAUUAGAGGAUCUGGAUAUCACAGGACAAUGAAAUCCAUCGAUGACAUCCUCCAUCUUUCUGAAACAUUUGGUGUACAAAAUCAAGACCCUGGAAGUAUUCUCCUUGCAUUUGUCUUCUCCAUUGUCUGGCAGCUAGUUGAUGCAUCCCUAGACGAGGAAGGGCUUUUAGAACUAACCUCUAAUAAGAGGUCUAAAUGGCCCACCGGGCCACACGACAUGGAGAUAGAUGGGCUGGAAAUUUCUGUGAAGAGAAAUGACAACCAUGACGUGCUUGAGAAAGCAAACACUGAAAUGGCUAUCGACCUAAUCCAAAAUAAAGUAACAUCGAGGAUUCUUCAUUUGGCAAGUCAAAACAUGCCAACACAUUGGGAAGAUUUUAGUCAGCGCUUUGGAGUGCUGGCAACCAAAUCAUUGGCAGCAGCUAAUAGUACAACAUGGCAUGAUGCCUUUCUAGCUCUAUGGCUAGCAGCCUUACGCCUUGUGCAAAGGGAAAGAGAUCCAAUCGAGGGUCCUGUGCCUCGCACCGACACUUUUCUUUGCGUGUUACUAUCCGUCACUCCACUUGCAGUUGCAAACAUCAUUGAAGAAGAAGAAAGCCAGUGGAUUGAUCAAAGUGCAUCUAGCCCAAGCCACCAGUGGAAAGACAAAAAAGGAAAAUGCCGACAGGGAUUAGUCAAUAGCUUACAACAACUUGGUGACUAUGAAAGCCUGCUGACACCACCUCUAUCUGUACAGUCGGUUGCUAAUCAAGCUGCUGCUAAAGCAGUUGCGUUCAUUUCCGGCAUCUCAAAUGGUAGUGGAUCUUAUGAAAGUACAAGCAUGGACGAAUCUGCAAGUGCCUGCUCUGGUAACAUGCGCCAUCUGGUUGUGGAAGCUUGUAUCUCCAGAAAUCUGCUGGACACAUCUGCAUAUCUCUGGCCAGGGUUUGUAAUUAGGGGAACCAAUCAAGUUCCUCAAGGUAUCGCUGGAAAUAUUUCCUGUUGGUCUCUAGUGAUGAAGGGUUCUUCUCUAACACCAUCAUUGACAAAUUCGCUAAUCACAACUCCAGCUUCUAGCUUAGCAGAGAUCGAAAAGAUGUACGAGGUUGCAACUACUGGUUCAGAAGAUGAGAAGAUAGCCGCGGCUUCUAUUCUCUGUGGGGCAUCUCUGUUUCGUGGUUGGAGCAUACAGGAGCAUGUUAUUAUAUUCAUUGUAACUUUACUCUCGCCUCCUGCUCCAGCUGAUCUUUCUGGGAGUUACAGCCAUCUAAUCAGUUCUGCCCCGUUUCUUAAUGUUCUUCUUGUUGGGAUAUCACCCGUAGAUUGUGUCCAGAUUUUCUCGUUGCACGGUGUGGUCCCCUUGCUAGCUGGUGCUUUGAUGCCAAUCUGUGAAGCAUUUGGCUCUGGUAUUCCGAACAUUACAUGGACUCUCCCAAAUGGCGAAAUAAUCUCCUCUCAUGCUGUUUUCUCCACUGCAUUUACACUUCUUCUAAGGUUAUGGAGAUUUGACCAUCCACCACUAGAUUAUGUCUUGGGAGAUGUACCGCCGGUGGGCCCUCAACCAAGCCCUGAGUAUCUUUUGUUAGUGAGAAAUUGCCGUUUAGAAUGUUUUGGAAAGUCCCCAAAGGAUCGCAUGGCACGUCGAAGAUUCUCGAAAGUCAUAGAUAUCUCUGUGGAUCCCAUCUUCAUGGAUUCAUUUCCCAGACUGAAACAGUGGUAUCGGCAGCAUCAAGAAUGCAUGGCUUCAAUUCUCUCUGAACUAAAGACAGGAAGCCCAGUGCAUCACAUUGUUGAUUCCCUCCUUAGCAUGAUGUUCAAGAAGACAAGUAAAGGUGGUAGCCAGUCACUGACUCCAUCUUCAGGGAGCAGUAGUUUAUCUACUUCCGGGGUGGACGACUCUUCCGAUCAACUCAAGUUACCUGCAUGGGAUAUCUUGGAAGCGGCCCCGUUUGUGCUCGAUGCUGCUCUUACCGCCUGUGCUCAUGGAUCGCUCUCUCCCCGUGAACUAGCUACAGGUCUUAAAAUUCUGGCCGAUUUUCUGCCAGCAACACUAGGAACCAUGGUGAGCUAUUUUUCUUCGGAAGUAACACGAGGUCUGUGGAAGCCAGUUUCCAUGAACGGAACUGACUGGCCUAGUCCUGCAGCAAAUUUAGCUAGCGUUGAGCAACAGAUAGAGAAGAUCUUAGCAGCUACUGGCGUUGACGUUCCAAGGCUUCCAGCAGAUGGAAUCUCUGCGGCUACACUUCCCUUGCCUCUCGCUGCACUAGUCAGCCUCACUAUAACCUACAAGCUCGAAAAAGCAACAGAGCGCUUCCUUGUACUUGUCGGACCGGCCUUGGACUCCCUUGCUGCGGCUUGUCCCUGGCCCUGCAUGCCGAUUGUGACAUCGCUGUGGACCCAGAAAGUGAAACGCUGGAGCGACUUUCUUAUCUUCUCAGCGUCCAGAACUGUGUUCCAUCACAACAGCGAUGCUGUUAUUCAGCUCCUCAGAAGCUGCUUCACUUGCACUCUUGGUCUAACGCCUACCUCCCAACUCUGCAGCUAUGGUGGAGUGGGCGCACUCCUUGGCCAUGGCUUUGGCUCUCUAUACUCUGGUGGAAUCUCCACAGCUGCACCAGGAAUCUUGUACAUAAAAGUGCACCGAUCAAUCAGAGAUGUCAUGUUCCUGACAGAGGAAAUCCUCUCCCUUCUGAUGUUCUCUGUGAAGAGCAUCGCCACGAGGGAGCUACCAACAGAGCAAGCGGAGAAACUGAAGAAAACGAAAGAUGGUUCGAGGUACAGGAUUGGGCAGGUUUCACUCUCUUUGGCGAUGACGCGUGUCAAGCUGGCAGCUUCGCUGGGAGCAUCGCUGGUGUGGAUCUCUGGUGGGCUGAACCUGGUUCAGGCUCUGCUCAAGGAGACAUUACCAUCUUGGUUCAUCUCAUUUCACGGAGAAGAAGACGAGUUGGGAGGUAUGGUUCCGAUGCUAAGAGGCUAUGCUUUAGCCUACUUUGCAAUCCUGAGCAGUGCAUUCGCUUGGGGAGUGGACUCCUCAUCUCCUGCCUCAAAACGUCGGCCAAGAGUGCUGUGGCUGCAUUUGGAGUUCCUGGUCAGUGCCCUAGAAGGGAAGAUAUCGCUGGGUUGCGACUGGGCCACAUGGCAAGCUUACGUGACUGGCUUUGUGAGCCUGAUGGUGCAAUGCACGCCGGCUUGGGUGCUGGAGAUGGAUGUGGAAGUGAUUAAGAGGCUAAGCAAAAGUCUGAGGCAGUGGAACGAGCAAGACUUGGCUCUCGCUCUACUCUGUGCCGGCGGCCUUGGGACUAUGGGUGCAGCUACGGAACUCAUCGUCGAGACUUGCCAGCAACUUUAGCCUUACCUCUCUCUCUUUCAACUCGGCGUAUAUCUAAAUUGUGAUCAUCACUUUUUAUUCCUCAAAACUAGCUUUGUCUAUAUAUACUGUAGUAUAUCAAAUUUAGAGUAAACAUCAUUCGCAAUGUGUCAAACGACCUUUUCAGAUGAAAGGUAAUCACCACGCCGGCUAAAUUUG